AUGGUGAUCAAAGACAACCCCUCGAUUGGCCCGCCCACCGAUGACCUCACGAUAACACGCGAAAACGCGCCAACACUCGAAGCGCGUCAAAGUGUCGCCACGCACACAACAGACCCGCCGCGGCCAGAUCAUGGCAUCAUGGCUGCACCGUCCACACGGCUGACGACUCGCACGAGCGAGUAUGGCUCAGAUAUCGACAUCCAGUCCAUCGCGACGCUGAGCGACUACGGCUCGGACAUUGACAUUGACGACGACACCAUACUCGCCGACGCCUUUGACACGAUAACAGACGCUGCGCAAACCCAGAAGAGCGCAGUCCUCCCCAGCAUAGAAUUCGAAGAAGGCGAACUCGAAGACGAAGAGCAGGAUGUGGACGGCUUCGUGCAGAUUCAUAGACCCACGGUCCUGCGUGUUGCAAAGAGCAAGGCCAAUGUCGACGCGGAUGCACAGAGGGAUAUACAGAGCUCGCCCAUGCGAGAGCGCAAGGCGCUGGAAGUCGAGUACGACGAACGAUCGCGACGGGCGUGGAGUGUUCCUCACGAACAACCAGCCUCUCCCCCCAGACCCUCGCAAUUACGAUCUGAUCGCAGCAUAUCACAGUCUACGCGCGCCGCCUCUACUACACAGGCCGCACAUGCUGCCGAAACCGAUAACCGGCCGCCCAUCGAGCGUUUCCGAACGAAGCCCAAGAAGUGUCUUUCGGUGACUGAUCUCGUCUCACCAGCAUGGUGCGAACUGCAGUACUUUUACACGUUGAGCAAGUUUGGCCGCAAACCGCGGACACAGGCGAUGAAAACCGGUAGCAAGAUCCACCAGACGCUGGAAGACCAGGUGCACACAACAGUGCCAGUGCAGGUAGAAAGUAAAGAAGACCGAUUUGGACUACGCAUGUGGAAUGCUAUAUCAGGCCUGCGGUGUCUUCGCGAGACGGGCCUUACGCGUGAACUAGAAGUCUGGGGCGUGCUCGAAGGCCAAGUCAUCAACGGCGUCAUCGACGAGAUCUCCUACGAAUGUCCCGACCCAGAAUUUGAAGAGGAGCUCGAGCGAACCCGCGCCGAGAAAAAUGGCGGCAUCGUCCCCCUACCACCAGGCCAACUCAGCAUCACAGACGCCUUCGCAAAAGCCAGCAAACCGCCCUCCUUCAGCCCACUAGUCUCCACACCACCUUCCGACCGCCAAAUCUACAUUGCAGACGUAAAAACACGAUCCGCGAAAUCCCUCCCAACAGGCGCGUCUCUCCGCCCUACCUGGAUGCAACUAAUGCUCUACCGCAAACUCCUCGAGUCCCUCUCCCUCAACACCGUCGACGCCGAAACCGUCUUCGCGCGCUACUCCCUCGACCCCCUCACCCCCUUCACCCCGCUCUUCCUUUCCGAAAUCAGCAACAUCGGCCCCGAAAACCGCGUCUCCUCCUACCCCAACCUACUCGCCCUCUGGUCCCUGCUCGUCACCGAAAUGCAAGCCACAUUCCCUCCUUCCAGCCUCUCGCCCAUCCUGCGCGCGGAGUUUAGGUAUGCGAAGACGGGGGAUGUGUUGGGUAGCCGGCUUACGGUGUAUGAAGCGAGUGUUGUUGAUGGGUAUGUGGAGAGCGAGAUGGAUUGGUGGAAGGGGAGGAGGGAGGCCAAGGGCGUGGAGAUUGAAGAGGCGUUUAAGUGUCGGAUUUGUGAUUUUAGCGAGGAGUGUAGUUGGCGGAAGACGAAGGUUGAGGAGGCGGUGGAGAAGGGGAGGUUGAGGAGGGAGGCGGAGGCGAAGGAGAGGGGGAGGAGUGCUGUGUAG